AUGGACGCCUUCCUUCAGAAGAUCGCCAGCAGCAUGCUCUUCACCUCCGCCAAGUCGGCCCCGGCACAAAAUACCAAGCAGCAGAAGCCGGUGCUGCUCGCCUCUGGUAGCCCGCGCUCGCACCCGAUCCGCCACAGUGCUCCUCGCAUGCAACAGCCCGAGGAGCAGCCGCGUGAGCUGCCACGACGCCGCAUCGCCCACUGGGACAAGAAGCGCGAGAAGUGCGCUAACUGCCAGCACAUCUACCUCAAGACGCUCAGCCAGCACCCCGGCUUCUGCUCCGUCGACUGCAAGUCGAACAUGGCAUACCUCGAAAAAGUCAACCGCACCAUCCGCGCCAUGAAGGAUGCCGUCGCUGAGACCGAAUGCAAGACAUUCGCUGAGUUCGGCCUCGAGUAUCGUAUUCUCGAGGCUAGCAACGUUGAAUGGGCCUUCAGCGCUAUGUAUUAA